GUGUAAACUCAGCUCUUCAGCUUCCCCCGCUCAACUCGGAGGGUGUGCUCGGCUAACGGCUAUCACCAAUGGCGUCCACGGAGAUAGCGAGGCAAGCGGGAGAAGGUGCCCGUGCCGUACCUCUCGCCGGUCAUGUUGGCUUCGACAGCAUGCCUGACCAGCUGGUCAACAAAUCUGUCAACCAUGGAUUUUGCUUCAACAUCCUCUGCGUCGGCGAGACAGGUCUGGGCAAGUCCACCCUGAUGGACACGCUGUUCAACACCAAGUUCGAGGGUGAGCCCACCCAGCACAGCCAGCCUGGGGUGACGCUCAAGUCCAACACCUACGAACUGCAGGAAAGCAAUGUGCGCCUCAAGCUCACCGUCGUCAACACUGUGGGCUUUGGAGACCAGAUCAACAAAGAAGACAGUUACAAGUCCAUUGUGGAAUUCAUCGAUACCCAGUUCGAAGCAUAUCUCCAAGAGGAGUUGAAGAUCAAGCGCACACUACACAGCUACCACGACACGCGCAUCCAUGCAUGCCUCUACUUCAUUGCCCCCACGGGACACUCGCUCAAAUCCCUGGACCUGGUGACCAUGAAAAAGCUUGACAGCAAGGUUAAUAUCAUCCCAAUCGUUGCAAAGUCUGAUGCCAUCUCCAAGAGCGAGCUUGCCAAGUUCAAGAUUAAAAUCACCAGCGAGCUAGUGAGCAACGGCGUGCAGAUCUACCAGUUCCCCACCGAUGAUGAGUCAGUCGCCGAGAUCAACUCCACCAUGAACAGUCAUUUGCCCUUUGCCGUCGUCGGCAGCACGGAGGAGGUGAAGAUCGGGAACAAGAUGGUGAAAGCUCGUCAGUAUCCCUGGGGCACGGUGCAGGUGGAGAACGAGAAUCACUGCGACUUUGUCAAACUACGUGAAAUGCUGAUCCGGGUGAACAUGGAGGACCUGCGGGAGCAGACACACACACGCCACUAUGAGCUGUACCGCCGCUGCAAGCUGGAGGAGAUGGGCUUCAAGGACACGGACCCUGACAGCAAGCCCUUCAGUCUGCAAGAGACAUACGAAGCAAAGAGGAAUGAGUUCAUGGGUGAGCUGCAGAAGAAGGAAGAAGAAAUGCGGCAAAUGUUCGUCCAGAGAGUGAAAGAGAAGGAGGCGGAGCUCAAAGAAGCAGAGAAAGAGUUGCACGAGAAGUUUGACCGCUUGAAGAAGCUGCACCAGGACGAGAAGAAGAAGCUGGAGGACAAAAGGAAGUCCCUGGACGACGAGCUCAACACGUUCAAACAGAAAAAGACUGCCACUGAGCUCUUGCAGAAUCAAGCCCAGCAGGCAGGGGGCUCCACCACGCUCAAGCGGGACAAAGAGAAGAAGAAAUCUCGGCAUGAUGUCUAGCUUUUGAGGAUCUUUUGGUCUACUUCACUUUGUCAGGUAGGUCCUACUUAAGUGAUUGCUCCAUAGAGAAACCGGUAUGGCAGUAUCAGUUCUGGGUGUGGCUUGAGAAGUUGAACUCUGGUAUGAUAAACCACAGUUAUGGUUUAAUAGGGGGGUAGUCACUUUUUCACACAGGCCAUGUAGGUUUGGAUUGUUUUUCUUCCUCAAAAAUAAAAAACAUUUAAAAAUUGCAUUUUGUAAUUACUUUUGUUGUCUUUGACUAAUAUUUAAAUUUGUUUGAUUAUGGAAAAAUUUAUUGUAACAAACAUGCAAAAAAAUGAAUCAGGAAGAGGGUAAACACUUUUUCACACCGCUGUACAUAGUAACAUUUACGUCACUAGACACAUAAAUACAUGUAUUCACCUUAAUGAGCACCUACAUGAUCACUUACAUGUGUAAAUGUAUACAUAAGUAUUUAAGAUAGAGGUUGAACUUGAUAAAAUAAUAAAUAAAUAAAUAAAUACAAAAAAAUGUACAGGCUUUGUAAUUAAUCUUGAUUAAUCGCCUUUUAAUCAUAUAACAAAAUUUGUCCCAAAAAGCAACAUGGUUUAAUUUAAAUAAAUUUUAGUCUACAACUGAGUCAAAUAAUUGACACUGACAGUCAUCAAGGCUUCUAUUGGGUAGUUUAUUUAUUUAUUUUUUAAAAAUUUUAUUUUCUUUUUUUUGAAAAUGAAAUUUGUCUCCCAUCCGUCUUAGCAACGCUGUUUCAUCUCAUUCUUCCAUUUUGGUAGCCGAGCUCUGACGUAUGUGUCAGUGUAAUCUGUGUACCAGGAAAUCAUGCACUGACAGAAGUUCUGAUUGUUUUGAACACAAAAUGCAAUUAAAAUACGUUCAUUUUUUUCCACUAAUUAUUUGUUUGUAAUUAAAUAAUCUCAAACAAUGAGAUAAAGUCCCACCCGUAAUUUAAACCGAUAUACAUGGCAACACAUGUACACACAUCUUAAACUCUCAUGAUUACAACCACCAUGUACGUAAAUGCAUACCGUGAGAGUUGAAGAUCAUGGCUUGAUGAAGCCAUCGGAACCACAUCAUCUGAAAAAAGCAGUACUGAUACUGAUGUCACUUAACCGGAACGUCUCAACACCUCUGCUGCACCUAGAAAUUCUGUCCAUAAAGGUAAUCAGAAUCGGAAUCGGUGACAAAGGGCAACCUUGGCGGAGUCCAACCCUCACUGGAAACGAAUCCGACUUACUGCGAGCAGUGCGGACCAAGCUCUGAAAACAGUCGUACAGGGACCGAACUGCCCUUAUCAAGGGGUCUGUUACUGAACUCCCUGAUGGGCACGGUUGAACGCCUUCUCCAAGUCCACAAAGCGCAUGUAGAUUGGUAGGGUGAACACCCAUGAACCCUCGAGGACCCUGCCAAGAGUGACGAGAUGGUCCACUAUUCAAUGGCCAGAGCAAAAACCACACUGUUCCUCCUGAAUCUGAGAUUCGACUUCCCGAUGGACCCUCCUCUCCAGAACACUCUGAAUAAACCUAACGAGGGAGGCUGAGGAGUGUGAUUUCCCCCCCCCCACCCCCAUAGUUGGCGCACACCCUCCAGUACCCCUUCUUAAAAGGGGGUACCACCACCCCGGUCUGCUAAUCCAGAGGUAUAGUUCCUGAUGUCCAUGUGAUGUUGCAGAGGCAUGUGAACCAGAACUGCCUCACAACAUCCAGAGCCUUCAGGAACUACCGCCGGUUCUCAUCCAUCCCCAGGGCAAUGCAACUGAGGAGUGGGAGUUGAAGCUCCUUCUGACAGGGGACUCUGCCAGAUGUUGCCAACAGACCAUCACGAUAAUUGGGUCUGCCAGGCCAUCUUCUCCCACCAUCGAAGCCAACUUACCACCAGGUGUUAAUCGGUUGACAGCUCCGCCCCUCUCAUUAUCCAAGUGUCCAAGACAUGUGGCCAUAAGUCCGAUGACACAACCACAAAGUCAUCAUCAAACUGUGGCCUAGAGUGUCCUGGUGGCAAGUGCACGUGUUGACACCCUUAUGUCUGAACAUGGUGUUCGUUAUGGACAAUCCGUGACAAGCACAGAAGUCCAUUUACAGAACGCCACUCAGGUUCUGGUCGGGGGGUGGGGGGGGAAGGUUCCUCCCAGUCACCCCCCUCCAUGUAUGACUGUCAUUGCUUAUGUUAGCAUUGAAGUCUCUUAGCAGAACAAGGGAGUCCCCAGUGGGAGCGCUCUCCAGCAACCCCUCCAAGGAAUCCAAAAAGUGUGGGUACUCUGAACUGCUGUUUGGUGCAUCGGCACAAACAACAGUCAGGACCCGUCCCCCCACCCGAAGGCUACACUCUCGUCCACUGGGGUAGACCCCAAUGUAUAGGCACUGAGCCAAGGGGCAAUAAGUAUGCCCACACCUGCUCGGCACCUUUCACUGUGGGAAACUCCAGAGUAGAAGAAAAUCCAACCCCUCUCGAGAGGACUGGUAUCAGAGCCUAACUAUAUCUAGUUGGAACUUCUCAACCUUCCACACCAGCUUGGGUUCCUUCCCUGCCAGAGAGGUGACAUUCCACGUCCCUAGAACUAGCUUCUGUAGCCGGGGAUCAGACCGCCAAGGUCCCUGCCUUCGGCCGCCACCCACCUCACUUCACAUCAGGCCCCCUUGGCUCCUCCCACGGGUGGUUAACCCAUGGGAAGGGGGACGAACGUGGUCUUAUGGGGCCCCAUGGGUGAAGGCUCUGUCACCAGGCACUCACCUUCGAGCCUAACCUCUAGGCCUGGCUCCAGAGGAGGGGCACGUCCGGACAAGGGAAACCUUUAUUCAUCAUAGGGGUCUCUGAGCUGUACUUUGUCUGGUCCCUCACUUAGAACCUGUUUGCCAUGGGUGACCCUACUAGGGGCGUAAAGCCCCAUACAACUUUGGUCCUACACACACCCCUCCACCACAAUAAGGUGACUGCUAAGGGAGGGGACAUUUUAUCAACAAUCCAAUAUAUGUUGUGACUAAGCAAGUUUGUAUGACUCAACUUGACUAUCUUGAUAACACCCCCUCCCCAACACACACACAUAUAUUGUGACUUGCUUGAUAUUUGAAGGUGAGAAUAAAAUAAAUAGGAUAAAGAUGAAGUUUGAAACUCAGAUUCAACAAAAUGGUCACACAAGAUCUUCACCGCUAUUGAAUCAGUAAUACAGUUAGCCGGCCAGAAAUGUAAACACUUUCGCUGGUUUUAAAGAUUUAUAACUUUCUAAGUAUUUAUCACAGGAAAAUAACUCUUAUCACUGGAAUCAUCCUUAAAAGUCUCUCUGAUCAUGCUACUCUCAUGUAAAUCAGCUAAGCUUUACUGUUACAUACAUUACCUAUUUUAAGUUGAUCCAGUGAGAUCGGUGGUUCGGGAAAAAUGAGCACCAAGCAACAACCUCUGGUGGUCAUUUGAGAACAAGACCAAACUUUUUUUUAUGUGCGCCCCUGUCCAUGUAGUCUCUUAAUGUUGUAGCUGGAUGUCAAAUUUAGUCGGGUUUAAUUUUAGCCCCCUCCUCUUAUGUCACCCCAGUGUGUGUGUUCUUUGUCUCUGCUCAUUAACAAGAAAUCUGUAAAUGGUUCUACUUUAAUUCACUGGAUUUUUCAGAGCGCUAAAGGCUUUCUGAAGCUUUCCUCUUAAGAUUACAUUUUUUCUCAAAUCAGCAAAAAGAAAGCCGACUUGCUCUAUUUCACUGCAAUAAAUGUUACUCAGAUCUCAACACAAUUCAUAAAUUUAACGUUUAACUGAUUUGGGGAAGCAGAGGCUGGUUGUCCACUCAAUCUUUCCAUUGAACUCUUUUUAUGCCCCUCGUGGGGUUCAUUAGAACAUGUUUUUUUUGUCAUGUUUGCUUAGAGGCGGCCAUUUGAACCAGAUGAACUCUAUCAUUUUUGCCGUGUCAUUGAUAAUGUGACUGUUGUGUGCAUGUUAGCAAAGGAAGAAAAUGCUUGCACUUAGAGGACUCCUUUUUGCUACCUUUAACCUCACAAACCACUUCUUCUCUUUCCAAGUAUCCGCAGGAAUAUUCAUCUUCCAUAACACUGCUGUUUAUAUCACUGAAUCCCAACAUUCACAUUCCCACCAAUUCCAACAAUAUUUAUUUGUACAGUGGAACCUCUAAAUUUGAACGGCCCUGAGGUCGUACAAGGGAUGGUCAUAAUAAUCCAUUAAUCGAAGAAUUGAUUGUUGCUUAAUCGCGUCAUGAAGCAGUUAGAAGCAAUAUGGAGUGCUCUCCAUUGGUGGAACCAGCAGAGGGUCUGUUGAUUCAGCCUCACUAAUUUGCUCUGCUAAGGCAAAACAUAUGAAAACAGGAGUUCAGAAGAUUCAGAGAGAGAUCCUCUCACCUCAUUAAAAUGUGUUUAAGAAAAAGUCAUUUCCCAUCAAUCAAUCAAGAAAAUGUAUUCACAAAUUUUCAGUAAACAUAUUUCAGAAUCAGAAUCAAAAUCAGAAUCAUCUUUAUUUGCCAAGUAUGUCCAAAACACACAAGGAAUUUGUCGCCGGUAGUUGGAGCCGCUCUAGUACAACAGACAGUCAAUUUACAGAACACUUUGGAGACAUAACGACAUUGCAUCUUUUUGCACAAUUGUUUUUUGUCAGAGUCCUCUCGCACUUAGAGCAGUUCGAAUGACUAAUAUUGCAAUAGUCCUGUGCAAUGACCAUUGUGCAAAGGGCGCUGAGACUUCAAGGAGUGUAUGCGGUUUAAAGUGACGAGUAGUGCGAUAAUCUGGGACAAUGUUGGUUGUGCAAAUGUUACAGAUACUCCUCAAUCAGUGUGCAAAUGGAGCAGGUGCUACUCUGGCAUGAGUGGCCAGUAUAUGCAAAUAGUGCAGCAUGGCGAGACAACUACAGUGAGUGCACGAGUAAUACAUAAUUGGCCCCACAGAAAUGUGACAACGAACUCAAGUCAAAAAAUUGCCAGCUUGUUGUAAUGGAAUUAUAGGUCAGGUGUUUAAGAAGUUGAUCGCAAGAGGGAAGAAGCUGUUGGAAUGUCAACUAGUUCUAGUUUGCAUUGAUCGGUAGCGCCUACCUGAGGGAAGGAGCUGGUGAACGGGGUGCGGAGGGUCCGAGAGUAUUUUGCACGCCCUUGUCUUAGUUCUGGGAGCGUGCAAGUCCUCAAUGGUUGGUAGGGGGGUACCGACAAUCCUUUCAGCAGUUUUGAUUGUCCGUUGCAGUCGGAGUUUGUCCUUUUUUGUAGCAGCACCAAACCAGUGUAAGCUUAAACUUUUCUUUAGCAUUUAGUUCCUUUUUGGCAUCAGUUAUUUAAAAAAGGGACCGGCCUUAACAUGGGCUGUGAACAGAAGAAGGGCGAUUGGAAAAGAACCUCAAAAUACUAAUUUCCAUACAAUUGUUGGAUUCAGAAUUCAACCCAUUACUUUCAGGAAAAGUCUGAGAGUCGAACCCAGAGCCGUAGAAUUAUAAGGAAGACAUGCAAACCACAAUUGCUGCCACAGAUUGUUUCAAAAUCUGUUAUUCCCUAUUUGUAGAAAUGGGUUCCAAAUCCAAACAAAUGGUGUCAUGAAAUGGAUUGCAUUGAUUGACCAUAGAGGUUUUUCUGUACAUACAAUUUGUGUUCUGGUACCUAAUUUCCUGUAGGUCACAGUUAUUGAGUGCUGCUUGUAGUGUGGAUGACAAAGUGUGAGUGCAUGUAUCACCCAUGUUGCAUCCAU